GUGUCUAACAAAAAUAAACUAUAAUUUGUACAUCUUCAAGUGAUUUAAAAUAAUUACCACUAGUGAAAAAAAGAAAUAUUUUAAUCGGGUAAUUUCCCUAGAGAGGCCUACUUGUAUGCUCCCUAGAUGUCGCCACGCUUGCGGUUACCGGCAUUACAGGUUUCUUUACUUUAAAAGCUAACCUAACAUAGAAUUCCUGUUUUAUUUUUUUCAAAAUGGAUUUAUAUUGUCCCAAAAAUAUGUGCCGAACUUGUGUAAACAUUGUGGAAAACGUUGUUAAAAUCGAAGACACCUUUAUUAAGUGUGACUCGGACUCAGUUCCAAUUUUACACGUCCUCAAUUUAUUUUCAGAAAUCAAACUGAAUGAAAACUUCCCCGACAGUAUUUGCCUAAAUUGUGUAGAGAAAAUCGACACUUUCUACAAAUUUAAACUCCAAUGUGACCAAUCAAACGAAUUCUUCCGAAGCUUACAAACCACCAAAACCCCACAAGAAACCAAAGAGGAGCAAACCAAAGACAGAAACAAUGAUGAUUUAUUACAGUGCCACCAGUGCCACAAAUCGUUUAAAACCAAAUAUAUCCUACGUGCCCACUUAAAGCGCCACAAAUUCGAAGGCCACUUUGUGUGCAAUCUCUGUGGCAAAGGCUUCAACUCACAGUCGUGUCUCACACGACAUACAAGAGUCCACACUGGCGAAAAAAACUACGAGUGUUCAAUAUGCCACAAAAAAUUCCCUUCGGCAAAUAAUCUGAAUCUUCACUCUCGCAUCCAUAGCGGCGUCAAGCCCUAUUUGUGUACAAUCUGUGGCAAGUCUUUCAGUCACCCAACUGGACUAACUUACCACACCAGAACGCAUACUAAAGAAAAACCCUACACUUGUGAAGUGUGUGGAAAAUCGUUUGCCAUUCCAUGCCACAUGGACAGACACCUUAAGACCCAUUCAGGGGAAAGACCGUUUCCGUGUAAACAGUGCGACAGAGCGUUUAUUAAAAAAAUCGAUUUGCAAAGACACGAAGCGGUGCAUGCUGGCCUUAAACCACACGUUUGUAACAUUUGUAAUAAGGCAUUUUUGCGGAAAAUGCAUUUGAGCUACCAUAUGAUGGUCCACACCAAAGAGCGCCCCCAUGUGUGCGAAGUGUGCGGAAAGGGGUUCAUCAGAAGGUACUACCUCAAGGAGCAUAUCAAUCGGAGACAUGGCAGUCAGGAAUGAAUUAUUUAUUUUAAAUAAAAUUUUGACAAGA